AUGUUGUCCACUGCGAAAUCGCUUGAAACUUUGUCAUUUAGCGGUUGUUUCGAUGAAAAUGAUGAAAAUUUAAAUGAUUUCAUCCAAUUCCUUCCAAACUGCUAUAAUUUGAAGAAACUUGUUGUCUCCGGAUCAGAAUCAAAGAAAAUGAAGCACUCUAUUCAACUUAUCUUUGAUGUUUUGGAACAUUUUGAUAUAAAUAUUUUGGAUGUUUCAAAAAAUGCGAUCGGAGAUGAAUUAUUCGUUAUGUUAUCGCAUCUUAUUGUUUCCAAUCCAAACGUUACUGAAUUUUUCAUUGACGGAAACAAUAUUCAGACAAUUCCAGCUUAUGAGACAUUUUUGGACCAAAUGAUACAAAGGCAUACAAAAUUAGUAAUUGAUAUGCCAAAACAGGACCUGCUAAAGCUUUCUUCCAAGAACAAAGCCGUUAAAAAAACAAGAUUUUCUGGAAUUGUUCAGAAAUUCUAUGAAUUAGCGAAAUUUCCGAUGCCAGUAAUGAAGAGUGUACUCAGAAGACCAGAAAUAGACCAGAAACUACCAAUAGAUGGUCCAAAAUCUGUGAGAUCUCCAAUAAUUCUUCCAAAAAUUUCGACAAUUGAAGAAAGUACAUUCAAUUUCAAUAGCCAAAGGCCACUACAAACAAAAGCAGACAUUCCUGUCUCAGAAAUCCCUGCUCCUCCCGAGAAACCAUCAGAAAUCGAAUAUUUACAUCACGAAAUCCAAAGUGAUGACAGUUACGAGUACUUUUACUCGGAAGAUGAAGACCCAGAAGACGGAAGAUAUGAUUUUGAUCGAAUUGGAAAAGCAAAUUGGGAUGAUACAGAAAAAGUCUUUGUAGAUGAUGAAUUUUGGCUUAAAAACCAAGAGCAACCACUUACUCUUAAUACCCGUCAAACAAUUGACACUUUUAAUAAGGACUUCACCAUUCAAAAUCUCUUUUCUCAAAUGAGAUGA